AUGGACGCUGCGAUGACGACCCAGAGCCCUACCGAUGCGCAGGGCGCGGGUGGUGAUUAUAUCGAAGGGAAGGCCUCUCAAGCUGUCAGCCUUCCAGAUGCGUGGCGGGAGCGGUUCAGGGACCUAAUCACGACCCAUCUGCGCAUGGACGGCGCAAUGCAGCAGCAGGCAAUGGAGCUCUUCUCCGCCUGCUACGCGCUCCUCGCGCCCUCAAUCGCAUCCUUCGGCGCCCCCGAGUCUCCGGACGACAGCGAGCGAGCCUGGAGUGCGUGUGUGCUGUUCGUGGUGCGAAAGCUUGGCCCCGCGAAAGCAGCAGAGGAGGCGGCCGCCAGAGCAGGACAAAUCGCGCCGCCCGGGUCCUCGCGGUCGCAGUGGCCCUGGUUCACUCUGUCUGAGCUGCUGCGUGCCACCAAGCUGACAGUGGUGGAUUUCUUCAAGGAGAUCGCCAACUUCCUGCCACGUGUCAGCCCUGUCAUGCAGGCGGCCUAUGGGGACUUGUGGGAGCAGAGGCUCGAGGUGAAGGAGCUUCAAGCCAACUUUGUGCAUGCAAUCGUGCUUUUCAACCACUACAAGAAGGUGUUUGCAGAGCUCUUCAUCAGCUCUCCCCCGCCGUCCCUCCCUUCGGGCGCACCUGCUCCUCCCGCUGCCGCAGCCGCCUCCCAAUUCUCCCGGGAGAUGCGCUUUGGCUGGCUGCUGUUCCUCUCCAUCAAGGCGCACCUUCUCAGAAGGUUCCCGGAUCUUGUCACUGCGACAAACGCGAUGCUCUGCACUCUGGUGGUUUUGAUAGUCCACGUUCCCCCGUCUCUCCGCCGAUUCUCCUUCUCAGAUCCUGUCAGAUUCUGGCGAGAACUCACCUGCACGCGCGCUGGACCUGAUGGGGUCGCUGUGUGCGAGCACUCACCUGCACCCGCUCUCUUCUCUUCCCCACCCCAUCCCCGCGCAGGCAGCAGUAUGGGCGUGCUUGUUUGUAACUGCCCCACGCCCCUCCGCUUCCCCUCCUUUCCACAUACGGGUGGCUCUGAACGGGUGGGGUCGUUUCACUGCAUGCCCCACGCCCCUCCACCCGCCUCUCCCCUCCCGCACAUUCCAGCGCGCCGAGCAGGGCGAGAACGGCUAGUGGACGUGGUGGGGUCGCUGUAUGCGAGCUACAAGGCAGCAGAGGGGGAGGUCUCAGUCCUGCUGGUCCUUUCUCUAGGUGGCCCACAACCCUCCUCUCCCCGUCUCCUCCCCACACACUGCAGCGCGCCGAGCAGGGAGAGAAUGACUAGUGGACGUGCGCGCCGAGCAGGGAGAGAACGACUGGUGGACGUGGUGGGGUCGCUGUGUGCGAGCUACAAGGCAGCAGAGGGGGAGGUCUCAGCCCUCCUCGAGCGCAUCCAGCAGCUCAUGACCCGCUGCCUCCCCCCUUCCACCCACUCUCCUCCCCCCCUCACAGCGCGCCGAGCAGGGAGAGAAAGGAUGGUGGACGUGGUGGGGUCUCUGUGUGCGAGUUACAAGGCAGCGGAAGGGGAGGUCUCAGCCCUCCCCGGUCGCACCCAGCAGCUCAUGACCCACUGCCUCGCCCGCCAGCCCGCCCUGGCAUCCUGCGAGCAGCACGACGCAGCAGACCUCUGCCCGGACAGGCUGUUUCUCUUUGAGGGGCUGCUGCAGGACGCUGCUCACUCACAGGGUCUGAGCUCUCCCUGCUCCCCUCCCCCCCACCCCCACAGCGCGCCGAGCAGGGAGAGAGAGGUUGGUGGACGUGGUGGGGUCUCUCCCGCCCUGGCAUCCUGCGAGCAGCACGACGCAGCAGACCUCUGUCCCGACAGGCUGUUUCUCUUUGAGGGGCUGCUGCAGGACGCGGCGGCGCUGCCGAGUGUGGAUCUGGUGGAGGGGGCGUACCAGGAGGCGUAUGUGGAGGCGGGCGACAGGGCGCUUGAUGAGAGGAUGUUUCUGUCGGGGGACGGGCAGGUCAUUGGGGCUGUCUCGCAGCUCACUGCCGCUACUUCCGUUGCCGCCGCUAAACGGUACCGGCCACCGAGUGUGGAUCUGGUGGAGGGGGCGUACCAGGAGGCGUAUGUGGAGGCGGGCGACAGGGCGCUUGAUGAGAGGAUGUUUCUGUCGGGGGAUGGGCAGGUCAUUGGGGCUGUUUCCCAGCUCACUGCCGCUACUUCCGUUGCUGCUGCCAAGCUGCCAAGUGUGGAUCUGGUGGAGGGGGCGUACCAGGAGGUGUAUGUGGAGGCGGGUGACAGGGCACUGGACGAGAGGAUGUUUCUGUCGGGCGAUGGGCAGGUCAUUGGGGCGGUCUUGCAGCUCACUGCUGCCACAUCUGUUGGUGCUGCGAAGGUGAGUGGUACUGGACGGUACUGUGUGGCUCAGAGUGGGUUCUGCCACCAAAUGCUGUCGGGAGAUAGGCAAGUCAUUGGGGCCGUCUCGCAGCUCACUGCUGCCUCCACUGUUGGCGCCCUCAGCGCCCCCACAGGCGCAAUGAACGCCCCCUCCUCCCCCUUCGCCAGCGCCAUGGGCGCAGGGGGAGGCGCAGGGGGGGAGGGGCGCGGGGGGGGCAGCACCACCAUCACCAUCGCCCCCUUCUGCUCCCCCGCCCGCUCCUUCCUCACCCGUCUGGGCCCAGGGGGAACAGGGGGAGGGGGAGGCGGAGGGGGAAUGGGGGUUCCCCAGACCCCUAUCUCUGCUGCCAUGUCGACAGCUCAUUGGCUGAGAACCGUGGUGUCUGCUUCGCCUGCUGAGCCUUCUUUGGAUCUGCUCCGGUUUCUGCACGCGUGUGACAAGGAUGUAACGGGCGCUGUGGUAACCAGAACCACCCUGGUUUCGCACGAGAUCUUCUCUGCUGUCUCUCAGAAAAAGAGAGCAGCUGCUGCCGCUGCUGCUGCAGGCGCGGGUGGGGGAGGGGGGAAGGGAGCGGCGGGAGAGGCAGGAGCGGAGAAGAACGGAGCGGGGGCGGGAGCGGGAGCAGGUGAUGCUGGGAAACACACCGAAGGGGAAUCCGCGGCAGGGGGAGCGGGAGGGGGGAGCGAGCCGGCAGAGGCGGCGCUAUGGGCGGAGCAGAGGAGGCAGGAGACAGUAAAGCUCUACUACCGUGUCCUCCUCCGCAUGUGCACGUCCGAGUCCCUCCGCAUCAACUCACAGAACCUCACUCCACUCCUCGAUAACGACCGGUUUCACCGCGCGCUCCUCGCCUGCUCAGCCGAGCUAGUGCUAGCCAGUCACAAGGCGACAGCCCACGCUUUCCCUGCUGUGCUGGCCCCGGCGGGGGUGUCGGCAUUCGAUAUGGAUAAGGUCAUGGAGGGGUUUGUGAGGUAUGAGGAGGGGCUUCCUGGGGAGCUGAAGCGGCACUUGAACGCGUGUGAUGAGCGGAUUCUGGAGAGUCUGGCCUGGGAGAAAGGGUCGAGCCUGUAUGUGACUGUGGUGGCGGCGAGACGGCAUUUGCUGGCGGAGGUUAAGAGGCUUCAGCUGCUACCAGAAGGGGAGUUGGGGUUGGUGGGGGUGGUGGCGGGGAGAGGAGGGGGAGGGAAGGGGAGUGGUGGGGACGGGGAGAAGGGGGAUGGCACGCCGGAGAGCAAGGGGAAUGAUGAAGCCUCCCCGCCAGCCCAGGCCUCCUUCCCCGCGUUCUCCCCCAUGAAGCCGCAGAACAAGCGGGAGUUUGCGCAUCUGCACUCCUCCUUCACCACUCCCUUCCAGCGGGCGUCAGCAGCAGCAGCACCGCCAGGGGAGAGUCGAUCCGAGAUGCUUUUUAACCAGUUCUGCCAAAAGGUUCUAAAGCUAGCGGUGGUGAGGGUGCGCAGCCUGUGUGAGCGCCUCAGGCUGACAGCAGCGGUGUCGGAGAUGGUGUUCCGCGUGGUGGAGCAUGCCGUGGAGGGCGAGGUGCAGCUGCUCUUCUGCCGCCACCUUGACCAGAUCAUACUUUCCUCCGUCUAUGGCGUCUGCAAGGUGUCACAAGUGGCAGUCACGUUCAAGGACAUCAUCGCACAGUACCGCAAGUUACCGCACUGCAAACCCUCGGUCUUCAGAAAUGUGUUCAUCGACGCCAGGCCACCCCCCCCUGACUCUGCCUCCAAGGAGCCCACCCCCCAGCACGGAGACAUCAUUCGAUUCUACAACGAGAUAUUCGUCCCGGCUACCAAGUCCUUCCUGCUGCACCUCGGCCACGGCGCCUCCACAGCAGGGGGGGCAGGGGGAGCAGGGGGCCCGGGGGAGAGGGGCGGCGGGCACGGGGGGAAUAUGUUCAGGAGUCCCCUGGUGCACUCCUCGCCUGCUCUCGCGCACUUUCAGCAGCACCAGCAGUCGCCUUCGUCCGUGCCGGGUGCUUCCCCCCGCCGGGUGUCCUCGCGGCACAACGUAUACGUGUCCCCGCUGCCAACCUCUAGGAUGGAGGCUCUGUUGGCCUCCCCGCAUCGCCAGCUGUCAGCGCAGCUCUCCACGCAGCUGCUGGGAGGGGGCCUUUCUGCUGACCCCUUUGCGAGUCCAUCCAGGCACAUUGCUGCUAUCAACCAGCGCAUCAGCAGCAGCAGCUCUAGUCAACAGCAGUCAACUCCUUUCCACUCUGUCCUCCCUUCUCCUGCUCGUUCUCUCCCUUCCACUCACAGCCGUCUGGACUUCUCAGAUGCAAUGGAUGUGGACGCCUCUCGAGCCUCCAGCAUCACCCUAGUCAAUGCUGGUCAACUCUAG